AUGUCAGAGUCUUCCACCAAAGUUGUAAAGUGGAUGAGUGAGAUUGUCGUGUUGAGGGCGUGUGAGGAAUUGAGGGGAAAUUGCAAGCAUCCGAACGUCCUCGAAGAUGAUGCUCCUGUCACACACAGUGGCAACACGAAAGAUACAGAAUAG